AUGGCGUCGGCGGCGCUGGUUCGGCUGGGGCGGCGGCUGACGGGCCCGGGGCAGGGGCGCGGGCACUGGACGGCGGCCGGGCGCUCCCGGAGCCGGCGCGAGGCGGCCGAGGCCGAGGCCGAGGCGCCGGUGCUGCAGUAUGUGGGCGAGCGCGCGGCCCGAGCGGAUCGCGUCUUCGUGUGGGGCUUCAGCUUCUCGGGGGCGCUAGGCGUGCCCAGCUUCGUGCUGCCCAGACUCGCGCCUGCCACGCGCGGCCGCCCGCCGCGCCGGAGGGUGCAGCCGCUGCCCUACCGCUUGGAGCUGCCGCAGAGGAUCUCCUCUGCGGCCUGUGGCUAUGGAUUCACACUGCUGUCCUCCAGGACCAAGGAUGUCACCAAGGUGUGGGGCAUGGGACUCAACAAGGACUCCCAGCUCGGGUUUCAGAGGAGCCGGAGGGACAAAGCCAGGGGCUACGAGUACGUCCUGGAGCCGUCGCCCGUCCCGCUGCCCCUGGACAGGCCUCAGGAGACCCGGGUGCUGCAGGUGUCCUGUGGCAGGGCGCACUCCCUGGUCCUGACGGACAGCGAGGGAGUGUUCAGCAUGGGGAACAACUCGUAUGGGCAGUGUGGCCGRAAGGUCGUGGAGAAUGAAGUGUACAGUGAAAGUCACAAGAUCCACAGGAUGCAGGACUUUGAUGGGCAGGUGGUCCAGGUGGCCUGCGGACAGGAUCACAGCCUGUUCCUCACGGAUCGAGGCGAGGUCUACUCCUGUGGAUGGGGUGCCGAUGGGCAGACAGGUCUCGGUCACUACGAUGUCACCAGCGUGCCCACCAAGCUGGGAGGGGACCUUGCCGGAGUGAAGGUCGUGCAGGUCGCCACCUAUGGGGACUGCUGCCUGGCUGUGUCAGCGGACGGAGGCCUCUUUGGUUGGGGGAACUCGGAGUACCUGCAGCUGGCCUCCGUCACCGAGUCCACUCAGGUGAACGUCCCUCGGUGCCUGCCCUUCUCAGGAGUGGGGACUGUGAAGCAGGCGGCCUGCGGGGGCACCGGCUGUGCCUUACUGAACGGGGAAGGACACGUGUUUGUCUGGGGCUAUGGAAUCCUUGGCAAAGGACCCAGCCUCGCRGAAACUGCCCUUCCGGAGAGGAUCCCGCCCACGCUCUUCGGCCUGACUGAGUUCAACCCGGACGUCCAGGUCUCCCUCAUCCGCUGUGGGCUCAGCCACUUUGCUGCCCUUUCUAACAAGGGCGAGCUGUUCGUAUGGGGCAAGAACCUCCGCGGGUGCCUGGGGAUCGGCCGCCUGGAGGACCAGUACUUCCCCUGGAGGGUGACGAUGCCCGGUGAGCCCGUGGACAUGGCCUGUGGUGUGGACCACAUGGUGACCCUGGCCAAGUCUUUCAUCUGACCUCCUGCCUGACCCUCCCAGGGCUGUCGGAGGCAGCCCAGCAGGGUGGGGACACAGUGCCUGGUAGGGCUCUUGAAUGAUGUUGAACCACUGCCCUUUGUAGGCCACGCUCCCGAGGGGUCCUGGCCAGGGUGUGGGGCGACUGUUGGCACACCCACCUAUUCAGGGCUCCGGGGCCCGGUUGGCCCAGGACGGCUGUCMAGGGAGGCUCAGCCUCAGGAUGUGUCUGGUCUCAGGCGGUGGCCUGCCAGGACACAGCGACCAGGGGCUCUGGGUGUGUCCUAGUGACCCAGGUAAGCCUCGGUUAGGUCGUAAGCCAGGCGGGCUCCUGUGAAACUUGUGCUGGAUGACCCCGUGCACACAGCCACCUGCCCGCUGCCACACUGAGCCCGAGGACAGUGAGCAGCCUCCAAGACCCCGCGGGCUCCUCGCUGAGCGGCCAGCCCUCCCGCCGCCCUGUCCUGCCGCCGCGCUCACCGCCUGCUGGAGGAGACUCGGGGGGCUCAGCCUGGCUGGAGGCCAGCGGACGAGGAUCUGAAGUCACGGCCAUGUCCGCCCUGGUCACUGUUGGCCUUUUCCCUUAGAACAGUAUUUACAGAUAUUUUUGGAAUAAAGUCUAUUUUCUGCCUC